AUGGCAUGGACUGACAACCUCAUCAGCAAGCCAAGCAGAGCGUGCGAGCCGGCCUCGUUCUCGGAGGCGACGCUCGCCUCAUGGGUCGAGCGGCACGCCGGCGCGCCCGCGCGUCAGCGGCGGUGGCGGCGUGACCUGCUCGUGAGCGACACUGACUGCAGCCUGCAGAAUCUCUGCGACCCGUGGGCCCGGCCGCGCGUCUGCUUCCACAACACCGACAUCUGCGACGGCGUCGCCGACUGCGGCUCGGGACGCGAUGAGCUGCACUGCGAAGACUGCCUGUGCCCGUACCGCAAGACCAGCGGCGUCACCAUGGACGUGCCUGCAAGCGCACAGGAUUACUGGGCCGGGGUCAACCUGCGAGCAUGCGCGCGCACCUGCAACGACGCCGUGUUAGGCUGCGUGGCAUUCAGCUUCAAUGCAUUGAAGAACGGCGCUGAUCGCUGCCGGCUGUUCUUCCGGUCUGGUCGGCUGCUGGCAAGGGAGGGUUACGAGUUGUAUGCGCGCGAGAAGCCGUCGAUGCCGCGCCUGCUGACGUCACCGCCGGGCAACAGCUCAGUUCCGACUAAUGUAGGCUUGAAACCAUUUGGGUGCCCCAACCAAGACAUGGUCGCCUGCAAGGCCGGCUGUAUCCCACUUAGCCAGGUGUGUGACGGCGUAGUACAGUGCACGAGCUUCAAUGAGGAACGUAUCUGCAAUUUGGCCUUGGGCAUAUACCAGAGACAGCCGGGCCACUCGCUGACCCUGUACUCAGUCCCGUUUUCGGGCGUCAGCCUCGCCACCUGCGCUUUCUACUGCAUGCGGCACUUCGAGGGGCAUCCCAAGUGCAGGUUCUUUGCCUACCACCAGGGCUCCGGUGAGUGUCUCAUCGGCUGCAGCUCGUGCGACGGCGCCGCUGGCGUCGUCGAAGACCCCAGCAGCGACUACUACUCGUUUUCUGUGGGCGGUGCGGCGGCCGCCUUAAAAGCCGCAAAAGAUGCCAUCAUCACUGCCAAACCCAACUCCGGUUCCCACGAGUUGAUACCCGACGUGCAGAACCGCGUGCUGUUGUCGAGCGGCGUGACCAACCGCGUGGUGUCCGGCCACCGUGCCUCCUACGGCACCUACCCGUGGCAGGCACAGAUCGAGGCGUACAACGAGGCCGGCUACUUCGAGCACCACUGCGGUGGCGUGCUGAUCGGCUCACGCCACGUGUUGACGGCCGCGCACUGCAUCUCGCGUGCCCUCUCCGCGCUGCAGGUCAAGGUGGGCCAGCACGACCGCAUGGAUGCCUCCGAGCCGCACGAACAGACAUUCGCCAUCGAGAACGUGCUCUCACACCCCGAGUAUCGCGCCACCGCGCACAACGGCUAUGCCAACGACCUGGCAGUGGUUAAGCUACGUGUGCGCCAGGGCCGGCCGGUAGCGUUCAGCGACCACGUGCAACCGCUGUGCCUGCCGGCGGCCGACGCGCCGCUGCAAACCGGCCAACCGUGUGAGAUCUCCGGUUGGGGCAAGACAAACCCGCUGCUGCCGAACACGGUGGCCUCGGCGGCGCGCGAGCUGCACGGCGGCGAGGUGCCGCUCGUCUCCGACGCGUUCUGCGGCGCGCAGGAGGUGUACGGCGCACGCUUCGUGGCCGGCCGCAUGGUGUGUGCCGGUCACGUGGCGGGUGGCACGGACACCUGUCAAGGCGACUCAGGCGGUCCGCUGGCCUGCCGCAGCGACGACGGCCGCUGGCUGCUCACCGGUGUCGCGUCGACCGGCACUGGCUGUGGCAGCGAGCUCAAUCCCGGCGUCUACACGAGGGUCGGCUUCUACGUGCCCUGGAUCCGGCGCGUGGUGCAGCUGCUCUGA